AAGAGCAGGAUGACAAUGCCAGCAUGAAGCAGUACCUGAGAAACAAAAACCUUGUUCUGGAUUUCCUGCGCUCUGACCUGAACCCCCACCACCUCCAGUACCACUGGAACAAAGUUCAUCUUCUGAAGAAGUGUUACUUUUACUUGAAGUUUGAGCCCAGACACGUGUGCGUGAGAGACCAGAACAAUAUGAUGAUUUUUGCUGACAUCUUGCAAAUAGCAAACCCCUGCCAACUCCAAAAGAUCAAGAAGGUGGGAAAAAAACAGACUGAAAUCCAGCUGGCACUUUUAACAGAGCUGUUGGAACAGCUGGAACGAGGCCGGGAGGAGCUGAGCCGUUACGUACAGAUCUGUGACGUAGAAGAUUUCCUCUCCCAGUGGGACUUGAAUAUAAAGAGAGUGCUCAAGCUCUCCAUGUUUUUCAAUAAGCUCAUUUCCUUGGAAGAGCCAAGGAAGCUCCAUGUCAAGCACAGUUUGGUGUCACAGAUACAUCUCGGAGGUGCUCUACACCCUCCCAUUACUUUUUCUCUCUACACAAAGAAGCCGCCGAUUUUUGAUCGGAUAGAGUCGUUUGCGUGCCAGACCUGGGCCCAGCUCAAGUGGUUCACUGAGAGUCAAGAGUCUCACCUGGAACGAUGGCAGCUGGAGAUCAAGCUAGUGACAGAUGACAGUCAGACAGAACCAGGAUACGGUCGGACCCAGGAAGUCAUCUCCAACCCGUGUGUAAUCAACCACCUGCUGCCUGGCAGGUUGUAUGAGUUCAAAGUGAGGAGGUCCGACACUCACACGCUCGUCUACUCGCAGUGGCACGACUGCAUUAUAUUGAAGACAAAAACUCACCCUGCUGAAGACACCAAGGAAGCCCCCAACCGCAGCCUGAUGAGGCGGCUCACAAGACCGACUCCCUCAGUUUAAUAGUUUAAUGAAAAAGAUGAAUAAGAGUAAUUAAAAAGAAAUUGUUUAAACAGUUUGUUUUAAAUCAAACUCGUUCUGUUUUCAACAGCAAUUGUACAGGUGCCUUCCCAAAAUCUCUCCAGGUAAGCAAUUACCCAUUUGAAAUUUCUCACAAAAAAUAACAUCCUUAGGCAGCCUUUGGGACUCAAUAGCUUUGUCCCACUACCAGAGGCAAUGGUGGGAGCAGCCAGAACCAGAAAAUCUUGCAGGACACCUCUGAAGCAGAGCACAAGAGACAGAAGCAUCUCUACCAUCCAGUGCUUUCCAUCUCCUGAAGGAUGCUCAAUGUCAGCUUCUUCCAAUGAUGUUUUGGGUUUGUAUUGUCCUUCUUCCAAAAUACCUUAAACUGAAUUCUUAAGCUCUUCAAAUCACCCACCCAGACUUAUGUCCAUCACUGCUUUCUCUCAUCCUCUACACCCUAUAGGUACCUAAGCAUGACUUCACCCCUCUAUAGUGCAUUAAAAGAUCACUUUAAUAAAAAAAACACCAACCAAAACUCAACAAUAAAUCCCCAAGCCUCUGAACAAACAGGGAAGAGUAAUACAUCAAUAUGUAAAAAAUUAUUUUCUGCCAAAAACCUGCAGUUAAUGUUUUCUUUUUUACCAUUUGGUUCAGUCCAAACAGAGCUUUCCCCACACAGAUUCUAGUCAAACCACCACAUAAACAGACCUUUUAGUAAUAAAAUUUAUUAUUUAAAUAAAUUCAAAUAAUUUUUACAAUUAUGGCUUAAAUAUCAAAAAAGGAAUGUUGAGAUUCAUUCUUAUGAACAAAGCAGAUAAAAAUAUUGGUAUCCAAAAGGUCAUUUGAGGUUUGCUGCGAGUCACAGACAUACAAAAGAUAAAAACCUGCCCCAUUUCAAGUUCCUUAAUUCAGACUUCAUGACACUUGACAUUUCAUUUCUAUUUUUAAAAACCCCACCGAUUUAUUGCAGUAAAUUGAUUGUCCUACACAGAUCUGUCAAAAUCCUCAAAAACAGUCCAGCCCCCCCGAUGCUGGGCUCACUCCUGGCUGCCUGCACAGGUUCCCCUUGUUCAAUUUGUGCUAAAGCUCUAGCUAGUGCUGAAGAAAUUAAGUUAAUGCUGUUGGAUGAACUGACAUUUGUGUCCUGCAGCCAUGUGCUUUGUCUUUGAGUGUGGAGAACACAGAGCUUGUGACUGGACAGAUGCCCUGGGCACCACGCUGCCAGGGUGUUCCUAUUUGGAAUCACCAAAAGUUUGGUAUUUUAAAAAUAUUGCUUGAACAUAAAAUUCUUCCAAAAGUAAAUUCAAAACUGCAUGCAAAUGAAACCAGGUUAAUUUGAACUUUUUUUCCUCUAUUGAUUUCUAUGAUUCACUCCAUGACCGUAAGGACAAGAACAUGAUCCUCAGCUACAGUCUAUAAAAAGUUUAAUUGCACUUUCUGCUAUCCCUGACUAUUGCAUGACCAGCUCUCCAGGAACCUGCUGACAGCACCAGCAGCCUGAGGGCCCAGCCUGGCUGUAACUGCUGCUUGGGUGCAUUUCCUAAUCACCAGUUAUAAAAUACAUCCUCAGAGGAAAAAAAAACCCAUGUAUAUUGUCUUGCAACACAGACUAAGAAAAACAUUUCAUUCUACCUCCAUGGAGUAGAAAUAAACAUUUUUCCCACUAAGGAAAGAGGGAGUUGCUUUAUGAGGACUCUCUCUUGGCCAAACCUCCCCCAAGAGCACUGACUAAGCCACAAAUCUGGGGUGAGUCUCCUUGUUUGUGUGACAUGUAUGAAUAACCAGCACAAAACCCAGGGGAGAAACUCUUCACUUAAAGGAGAUAAUGAAAAUGAGACCCACUGGUUCUAAAGGAACCAAGGUGGCUUUGUUAAAUGAAGCUGGCACCGUGCUAAAGUAGUUAUCGCAACAAUUCCAGCAUUUUUUGCAAUUCUCCAUAGCAUCUUUGGAGCCAGAUGAUUUAAUUUCACUAGUCCACAGAAUGAUCCACAGACAAUCUUAUUUUGUAAUUGCAAUAAUAUUUGCUAAUCAGGCUGGUGGAGAAUCUUUUAAGAUCCCACACAGGAUGACUUCAAAGAGGAACAAUUAAUUUUAUACCUUACCAGCUUUUCCCAAGCAUCUUUAGAACCAGCAGGAGAUACUUCCUAUGGGUUUUUAUCCUUCAUGGAAUCACCAGCCAUAUGCCCACUAUUAUGCUUCAGUAGGACAAGAGCAAGCCUGGAUGGUCUUUGGCAUACAGCUCAACCCCCCCCAAAGGCAGACUGCACUAAGGUAGUUUAAACUAGGAAGAGAGCAACAAAACCUCCCCAUAGGUUCUGGAGGCAAGUCUAACACAGAGUCAUGAGAAGAAACACAGAGUUAAAUAGAGACUUUUCCAGACACAGUGCUUUCCUAUUGCCAUUCCUCCACAUGGGAAAGAGCCACGCUGGAUUUCAGUUGCAAACAGGACAAAAUUCCUCCUGCCAUAGCGCUGUGACAUCACAGGGAUCCACACCACAAGGAAAACUUGUGUGAUUGCAUCUCAGCUCCAUCCCACAUGAACACCUAAGGACAGCCAAACAUGUGGUCUGGGGAGAGCUGAGGCAGGCACUUCAUACAUUCAGAAUUGAAAUGAGAUAAAAGACACCCUCCCUCAAAACUGUCAUGCUUCCAUGAUUUUCAGAGGCACCAUUCACCACAGUACAUCUCUACCAGUCACUGGGUGAGAGAAGCCUCUCUGGUGAACCACAGCUUCCAGCUCACAGCAGUUUGGCUACAGAAAAUAUAAAAAUACAUUAUACACGUACACUCCUUCACUGCUCUUAAAAACUCAGGCCAUAAGGCUGUGAAACAAAUUUUCACAGAGUUAAAAGUUAAUAAAUUAAAAGCAGCUUUAAAAAAAGUGGGGUAGGAAAGGGAGGGGGAAUCAACAGGAGAUUUCAAAUAAAAUUCUAAACAGUUUAAAAUGGGCUAACAAAUCCCAAGGUUUCCUGGUAGGAGAGGUCCCCGCUUUUCAUUGUCUUUAUGCUGGUGAGGACAAGCUCCUUCAUAUAAAGAAUACAUAAAUCUAUUUACAAAAUCACCUUGGCCUUGCCACUGCGAUAUUUACAUGCUCAGACAAUAUCAUUUUGGCUAGACAAAGUGGUGCAUGCAUCUCUUGUUGCUUUCCUCCUUCACUUAAAAAAAAAAAAAGGA